CUUUCCUCAUUCCCAACGUAGAAGUGACUGUUUGCGAUGAUGGCGUUGAGUGAAGAAAAGGUACUAUAGAUUAUAUCUGUUAAAAGAUUCGCCAAUGAAGGCGAAACUGGGCUUUCUACUGUGACGUUUGAAGCUAUCAAAAUCAACAUUCUCUUGGCUCAUGAUGUUGGACUAUAUCAAAGAGGUCUGGAAAUGCCAGGCUCAGACAUGUCGUGCCUACAAAUGGUCUGACAGUGAUCUGGAGGACAGGGUUGCCAAUGAUGCUAGAGUUGACCCUCAAAAGAGGCUUUUGACUCCCUUUCUGUUUGACAAAACUGUUACACCAAUUCCAUGUGAUGACUCUGAGCGUUCUGAGUUCCCGUUCCAGUCCACAAACUUCAUAUCCGAAACCUUCUUCAGCUGGUGCAAUCCUGCUCUCAAAGUUGGGUACGUUAGAACAUUAUACCCUGAGGACAUGUACAAGAUCUCCCCAGGGUCGAAGAACGAUGUUCAGUUGUUGGCUGAUAAGUUUAACGAGGUUUUGGAGAAGCGAAAACUAAGAUCUGAGUCAGACUACUUGAAGACACACGGCAUGGAAGACACUCCUUCUAAUAGGGAGUCUCUUUCGAAGGACCCGAACUUUCAGUAUUCAAAGUACCUUGUCGCUCUCUCCCUGCUUGAGGUGUUCAGAAGUCGUUUCAUCUUUUGUCUCUUGAUUAGAGUUGCAGGUGACUUAGCAGCAGGUCUGAACACUCUUCAAGUCCGGAAGAUUGUGUCCAUUGUUGGUAAUCAUUCCAAAGAUCAGCAUACAACAAACGAAGGUUAUGGUUAUGCCGUUGGUAUCUCCCUCGUUGUAAUGUUCCAAGGUCUAGCGUAUUGUCACUAUUUCCAUUCUAGUCAGUUCUGUGGUGGAGAGAUUAGAAGUGUUCUUAGUAAGGUCCUCUUGGAUAAGUCUUUUACCAUCAACCGUGAUGGUAGAAGCCGCUAUCCGCCAUCCCAGGUUACAUCCUUGCUUGCAAAUGAUCUUUCCAAGAUUGAACUUGCCAUUUGGUUCUUUGGCUUCAUCACUAAUUUGCCCCUUGGCCUGGCACUUACCAUCAUUCUGCUUACAGUGAAUCUGGGAGGUGCAUCAUUGACUGGUAUUGCUUACUUCUUGAUUGUAACUGCCAUAACUAGUGUCUUGACUAAACACUUCAUGAAGAACCGUAUCGUGGCCAACAUAGCGACUGAUAAUCGUAUAAGAUGUAUCAAAGAGGUUCUAGCUAGCAUCAAAAUCAUAAAGUACUUUGCUUGGGAAAUCCCUUACAGCAGAUUGCUUGCGGAGUACAGAUCAUCAGAGAUGGCACAAAUUCUUCGCAUUCAGUUCAUCAGGAAUGUGAUUGUUAGUGUUGUGGUGACCUUACCAAAUGUUUCGGCCAUGAUCAGUUUCUUGGUUAUGUUUGGAGCUAACCAUGGACAUUUGAGUGCCACUUCUAAUAUAUUUUCAUCCGUAUCGCUGUAUAACACGCUGACAGGAUAUGUGUCUCAAUUCCCUUCAGCCCUGAACACCGCUGGUGAUGCUAUCGUUGCUCUUAAACGUAUUCAAGAAUUUCUUCUCUUUGAAGAUGAGAAACAAGAUCCUGGCCAUCGUAUGAUUCCUGGAAAUGCUUCUAAGAAUUCCAUUGAGAUUGAGCAUGGGUUCUUCGAUUGGAAUGCUGUAAAAGAUGACAACUUAUCCGUGGAAUCUGACACCAAGGACGAUCAAACUGGAAGCUGUCAAAUUCAGUGGGAUGAAAAAGAAGAGGAAUCACACGGAAAGAAUACUCAUCAAUUCCAGGGUCUGAAGGACGUGAACCUUUCUAUAAAGCAAGGUGAAUUCGUCGUGGUUACAGGACCGAUUGGAACUGGUAAGUCCUCUCUUCUUAAUGCAAUAAAGGGAGCCAUGCCUAGGACAAAAGGGUUGGUCACUAUCGCAGGUGAUGCCACUCUUUGUAGUGACCCUUGGAUUCAGAACACUACUGUUGAAGGUAACAUACUCUUUGGAAGUGAACAGGAUCGUCAAAAGUAUAACAAAGUUGUCGAUGCAUGUGCUCUUGCGUCGGACUUCGACAUGCUUCCUGCUGGUGAUCAGACUGAAAUUGGAGAAAGAGGUGUUAACCUUUCUGGUGGUCAAAAGGCACGUAUUAACCUUGCUCGUGCUGUUUACCAUGUAUAUGGUGAUGAUGAUAGAAAUAUCAUUCUUUUGGAUGACGUUCUUAGUGCUGUUGAUCCUAAGGUCGGUCGUCAUAUCGUCAACGAGUGUAUUCUGGGACUAUUGGAUGGUAAGACAAGGAUAUUGGCUACACAUCAGCUAUCUCUUAUCGAUUCAGCUAACCGUAUCAUUUUCAUAAAUAAUGACGGAACGGUGGAUGUGGGUUCUCAUGAUGAGCUGACAGGGCGUAAUGCUGAAUUUGCUAGAUUGAUGGAAUUUCAACUGGAAACAUCAGAAAACGAAGAUUCUGAUGAAGAUGAUACUGAUACUGAUGAUGAUGAUACUGAUGAUGUUUCGCUAGUAGAUGUUCCAGAUGAAAAAAGUUGUAUUUCCAAAAUGGAUAUGGAGGAUUUGAAAGUGAUUCGCUGUCAAACAUCCAAGGCUGAGUAUGAGGAAAAAACAGCUGGUGUACUCAUGUCUGAGGAGUCUAGAAAAGUGAAUGGGAUUCCUUUGCGUAUUCUUUUGAUGUACCUCAGAGAGGGGUGUGGUAAGUAUGGAAUCAAGUUUUUGGUACCAAGCUUGAUUGCCAGUAUGACUUGUACCACAUUCUGUAUGUUAUUUCAAAAUAUUUGGUUAUCCUUUUGGAGUUCUGAUCACUUUUCUGGUCGCUCAAAUGGGUUUUAUGCUGGACUUUAUGUUCUGUUCACGGUGCUUUUUGUUCUGAGUGCAUGCUGGCAAUUCUGUACUGUGGUGUACAUUUGUAACACUUCAUCAAAGAACCUUAACAUCAAGGCUAUGCACAGAAUCAUGUACGCACCAAUGUCAUUCUUUGAUACUACACCAAUGGGAAGAAUUAUAAACAGAUUCACUAAGGAUACGGAUACUUUGGACAAUUCAAUUGCGGAACAGGCUAGGUUAUUCUGUUAUGGCUGUUUCAACAUGGGCGGAAUUCUGAUCAUGUGCUGUGUCUUUCUUCCGUGGUUUGCCAUUGUUGUGCCAUUUGUAUUGCUUGUUAGUUAUAUUUGUUUCUCUUAUUACCAGGCAUCUGCAAGAGAAAUAAAGCGUAUUGAGGGUAUCCAACGGUCUGUUGUUUUCGCAACCUUUGAUGAGGUAUUACAAGGCCUGGCUACUAUUAAGUUUUACGAUAUGGAAAAGGUCUUUAUGAGAAAGAAUGCCAAACUUAUCAAUAAACAAAAUGAGGCAUACUACUUAUCCAAUGGUAUGCAGAGAUGGCUUGUUGCUAGACUGGUGGUUUGUUCUGCUGCUAUGAAUCUGAUUAUCGAAACUUUGUGUGUCAGCAAUGUUUUCAAUAUCAGCGCUGCAAGUUCAGGUCUGUUGAUCUCUUACUUGGUUUCAUUUUCCACUCAGCUUGUUUCAACUUCUAGAUCGAUGGGUCAGCUUGAGCAGUUUCUCUCUUCUGCGGAAAGGGUUGCUGAAUAUUCUAUGGAACUUCCACAAGAAGCAGCCUACAAUUCAUCAACAGAAACCACGCCAGCCGAAUCUUGGCCAGAACGGGGUGAGAUUGUAUUCAAGAAUCUUUCUAUGAGAUACAGACCAUCUCUUCCUUAUGUCCUUAAUAACUUCUCUGCACAUAUAAAACCAGGUGAAAAGGUUGGUAUAUGUGGAAGAACAGGUGCUGGUAAAUCAACUAUCAUGACUGCUCUGUACCGUAUCUGUGAGCCAGAGAAAGGUACUAUUGAAAUCGACGGUAUAAACACGCUUCAAAUCGGAUUGUACGAUCUACGUUCGAAUCUAACCAUUAUUCCACAAGAGCCAGUGUUAUUCAGAGGUACUAUUCGUCAAAACUUGGAUCCUUUCAACACCACCAGCGACGAAAAGUUAUAUGAGGCAUUGAUCAAGGCUGGUUGUAUCACUGCUUCAGAACUGAAAGAUAUUGGUACUUCAAGCCAUGACCUGAUGUUCCAUCUUGACAGUUUUGUUGAGGAUAACGGUGCUAAUUACUCACUUGGUCAAAGACAAGUUCUCGCUCUUUGUCGUGCUCUGAUUAAAAAGACAAAGAUUCUGAUUCUGGAUGAAGCUACAUCAAAUAUGGACUAUGAAACUGAUGCACGUAUUCAGAAUAUCAUCAAAAGAGAAUUCACCGACUGUACCAUCUUGAGUAUUGCACACAGGCUGAAAACUAUUGUGAAUUAUGACCGUAUUUUGGUGAUGGACAAAGGUCGGUGUGUUGAAUUUGAUACACCUUGGACUUUGUUCAAUUCAAAAGAUAGUAUAUUCCGCUCUAUGUGUGACAAAUCUCAUAUUGUAUCUUCAGAUUUCGAUAGCAGAGAGUGAAUACUUAACAAAGAAAUAUAUAAAAUCUUAUUCUAUACAGAUACUAAUUAAAGAG